UCACUGUCGCUCCGCCGAUGACGUCCUUCCGGUUUCACCGUAUCAACACGUGUGCGGUGUCCACUUCUGAGCUGAAGGGAAUAACAGCAGCUAACGCUCAGUUUUCAGACACCGUCGUGUCUUCUCUUCAUUUCUUGUCCGGGGAAGGCUCUGCCGACUAAGCCGUCACCAUGGUGAAGCCUCGGUUCAAGGGGAAGAGCUCCAUAAACCCCUCGUCGUCCAGCAGCAACCCUGAUCGAGCCAAGGGUGCUGGUGGGACCAACAUGAGGGACCGAGCCACUAUCAAGCGUCUGAAUAUGUACAGACAGAAGCAGAGAUGCAACGACCGUGGGAAAGUCAUCAAACCUCUGCAGUUCCAGUCCACAGUGGCUCCAGGGACCGUAGCCAGAGUGGAACCAAACAUCAAGUGGUUCACAAAUACCCGUGUGAUCAAGCAGUCGUCCCUCCAGAAGUUCCAGGAAGAGAUGGGAGCCGUGCAGAAGGAUCCGUAUCGGGUGGUGAUGAGACAAAGUAAACUCCCCAUGUCCCUCCUGCAUGAUAGAGUCAAAGCCCACAACUCCAAGGUGCACAUUCUAGACACGGAGGGUUUUGAGACCACCUUCGGGCCGAAGGCUCAGAGGAAGAGGCCCAGUCUGAUGGUGGACGACAUGAAGGACCUGGUAGAACAAGCUGAGGCCUCGGCCCUCACCUACAGUGCAGACAAGGACAAAGACCUGGUGACUGAGGACACCGGGGUCCGUGAGGAAGUACGUGAGGAAAUCUUCAAGAAGGGGCAGUCCAAGAGGAUCUGGGGAGAACUCUACAAGGUGAUCGACUCAUCUGAUGUCAUCAUCCAAGUGCUGGACGCCCGUGAUCCCAUGGGAACGCGCUCCAAAAGCAUCGAGGCGUACAUGAAGAAGGAGAAAUCCUGGAAACAUCUGAUCUUCGUUCUGAACAAGUGUGACCUCAUCCCCACCUGGGUCACGAAACGGUGGGUAGCUGUUUUAUCCCAGGAGUACCCCACUCUGGCCUUCCAUGCCAGCCUCACCAACUCGUUCGGUAAAGGCUCCCUCAUCCAGCUGCUCCGGCAGUUUGGCAAGCUCCACACAGACAAGAAACAGAUAAGUGUGGGUUUCAUCGGUUACCCUAAUGUGGGAAAGAGCUCCGUCAUCAACACGCUGCGCUCCAAGAAGGUCUGCAAUGUGGCACCUCUCGCUGGAGAAACCAAGGUGUGGCAGUACAUCACACUGAUGAGGCGCAUCUUCCUCAUCGAUUGUCCCGGGGUCGUCUACCCUUCAGAGGACAGUGAAAGUGAUAUCGUCCUGAAAGGAGUGGUUCAAGUGGAGAAGAUCAAGAACCCGGAGGAGCACAUUGGAGCGGUGCUGGAGCGGGCCAAGCCAGAAUACAUCCAGAAGACCUAUCGCAUCCCGACCUGGAGCUCUGCUGAAGACUUCCUGGAGAAGCUGGCAUUUCGUACCGGGAAACUUCUGAAGGGCGGUGAGCCAGAUCUCUCCACGGUCUCUAAAAUGGUGCUGAAUGAUUGGCAGAGAGGACGAAUCCCCUUCUUCGUGAAGCCUCCCGGACCAGACGGGGACCAAGAGGACAAGCAGCCGCUGCCAGUGAAAGAAUCCUCCGAGGGAGCGGAGAAUGUGCAGGAGGAGCAGCCAGACGAUCGGGAUGCUACAUCAGAGGAGCAGGAGCAGCAGCAGCAGAAGAAGAAGGAGCAGGUCCAGAAGAUUCUGUCAAACGUGCGUCAGAACUUUGGCAAAAUCAACGUGGCACCCGAGUUCACCGAGGAGGACUUGGUCCCCGUGGAGAUGCCUGACCUGGGACUGUCUGACUGCUCUGGCUCCGACGGGGAGGGAAACAGCGACGAGGAGGAAGAUGGAGAGGAAGACGGGAGCGGCGUUGAACCAGCUAAUGCAGGAAAUGAGGACUCUGAGCCCACAGCCGCUCAGACGGGCAAAACAAACAGCAACAAGAGUUCACGCGAGGUGAUCCGUGAGCUUGAUGACAAGAUCUCUAAGUACAAGCAGUUCCUGGACCGGGCCAAGUCCAAGCGCUUCUCUGCAAUCCGAAUACCUAAGGCCCUUUCUGACAAAGCGCUCAUGGACAUCAAGACUAAACAAGAGGCGGCGGGAGCAACGCAAGCACAGAGCAAAGGCAGUCAAUCAGCAGAUGGAAACCAGAGGAGCAAGAAGAGGAAAGCUGGGGAGGACAACGAGUCCAAGCAACCUCACAGACUGACAUCCAAACAGAGAAGAGCGAUGGAUCGGGCGCAGAAGGGGAAGAAAGUUGGCGUUCGCUAUUACGAAACACACAAUGUGAAGAACAAGAACAAGAACAGAAAGGCCCCAGCAGCAGCCACAGAAAGCCAAAGGGCCAAAAGAGCAAAGCGCUAGACUGGAGUCGUAAUAAAGUUUGUAAUAAAUCUUUAUUUAAGAUGCCAGAAAGGCCACAUUUUUAUGGAAAAUGCAAAGUUGAAAGAAGGUGAGAUUCUCGCUGAGUGUUAUGGUCAAUGGUGCCUUAUCUUGACCUCAAGAAAAUGUUUCUAGCCUUUUUUAACUUUCUAUCUUUUCCCUCCAACCCAGAACUGCUCUGAAUGACAUUUCAUUCAUCAUGUACAGGUGUGACUGUCUCGGUGUUCAAGAGAAAUGUACAGUUAUUGUUUUAACUGCACUUGUCGUGUCAUGCUGUAAUAAAAUAUGUUAAUUCCACAGA